AUGAACCGCCGGCCAAUGAGUUUUGAGCAGAAAUACACGUCGGACUUCGCGCAGGGCGUGCGCGCGCUGGGGCCCCUGGCGGAUUACCUGGUGGUGAACGUGAGCAGUCCCAACACGCCGGGGCUCCGGGACCUGCAGGGCCGGGAGGAACUGCGCCACCUGCUGGCCAAGGUUCUGCAGGAGAGGAACGCGCUGAAGGGUCGGCGGCCAGCAGUGCUGGUGAAGAUCGCCCCCGACCUCAGUCUGCAGGACAAGCGCGACAUCGCUGAUGUCAUCACUGAGCUGGGCGUGGAUGGGCUCAUUGUGUCCAACACCACCGUCUCCAGGUCGGCGGCGCUGACGGACCCGCACCGGGUCGAGACCGGGGGCCUGAGCGGCAGACCACUGCGUGACGUCUCCACCUGCACCGUGCACGAGAUGUACUCUCUGACUGAAGGGAAGGUGCCCAUCGUCGGAGUCGGGGGCGUGUCCAGCGGGCAGGACGCCCUGGAUAAGAUCCGUGCCGGCGCGUCAUUGGUGCAGCUGUACACGUCACUCACCUACGAGGGCCCGCCCAUCGUCACCAGGGUGAAGAGGGAGCUGGAACAGCUGCUGAAGGCGCAGGGGUUCCACAGCGUCUCUGAGGCCGUGGGCGCUGAUCACAGACGGGCCGAGUCCGAAUCCUGACGCGGCCAAUGGCGGCAGCUCCUCCAGCUCACCCUCGCCCUCGCCCGAGAGAGACCGGCCUCACUCCGGCGUCCCGCUC